AGAUAGACCUUGUUUAGGUCACGCCCGCUUAAGUUCUCGCCUGUUUUCUCAUCAGUGAGGCUAAACUACUUCAGAGCACCGCUGUCCCAGGAAGAAAAUGUACAGAACUCUAUCAAGAAAUGUGGGAAAAAGAGUCCUGCUACUGCUGGCGUUGGUCAUCAAUUCUUUGGCGCUAAUCUUCAUUUCAACCCACAUUCAGGUCACGAAAACUUCUGACUCGGCCAUACAACAAAGGGUGUUCCGGCAGCGGCGCGAACACCUGCAGGAGCGCUGCCGUGGGCUAAACUUGACAGAUAAGUUCACAACGAAGACUUGGGUAAAUUUCCUAACAGCUGAAGCGCCGGGACCUUUGAAGGUGUGUCUGCCUCCCAAGGCUGGAUCAUCAUCGUGGUUCCAACUGAAUGAACAGCUCAAAUUGAUGAACCCGACGCAGUCCCACCCAGCCACAGCUAUCUUGGUUCGGCAUCCGCUGUCUCGGUUAACAUCAGCAUAUCGAGACAAAUACCUAGAUGGUGCACCUAUAAGUGAAUAUACAGACGAAUGGAGAAACAGAACAGAUAGCCCAUCAAGUUGGAAUUACAACUGGUUUGAUUACUGGCUACCAACGCUUAUAGCUUCAGGGCACUUAGUUGUACAUGAUGAGCUUCUUGAGCAGAUAAGUUACUAUUUGGAAAUCUUCCAUUUCAUUGCCCAGAACUCUAUCUAUCGUGAUAAGAAACUUGUAAUAACAAAAGAUCAUGAAUACGAUGAACUGGGUGUACUUAUUGCAACUGAAAUGAUAAAGGCUGGUAGGCAGAUGGGCCUUCAGAAUGCCAUAAUGAACACCUACAGCGAAAGCAAAGAACAACUUAAGACACGUUUUGGCAGUUAUUCUUUCACUUUUAAGGAAUUUUUGGAGUUUGUAAUUUGGUCAGAUAAACUAGGUAUUACAGAUAUACACUGGACACCCUAUACAGAAUUAUGUGCCCCUUGCCUAUUAGAUUACCAAUACAUCCUUCACUUGGAGACAAUUAAGACAGAGGCCAAGGUCCUUUUACAUGAUGUUGGAUACCCAGAGGAUAUCAAGCUUAACACAAAACACAAAACAAAGGGACUGACAAAAUCACUUCACAAGGAUGAUCUUCAGUACUAUAAAAAUGUGCCCAAAAGUCUGAUGGACAAAAUUCUGAAACUCUAUGAAUCUGACUUUCAGCUUUUUGGGUAUAGUAAAAACUUCUUGAAUGUAUAACUUAAAAAAUGAUAAAUCACUUUCCCUACAAAAUAUGAUAUUUCUUGUUUGGCACUUAUACAGCAUCUGCCGUAUCUCUUUAUAUACAUAUAUUCUUUUAACUUUAUAUAU